ACGAGCCCGAAUGCAUUGGCGAGGGACAAAAAAUACUCUUCUACACAGCACUAGUUCUAAUAGCCCUGGGACUAUCUGGUCACCUAAUUUCACUAACCACAUUCAUGACCGAGCAAGUCACAGAAGAGGUCGUUGAAAACAUCAGUACGCGCUCGUGCAUCACCAUGUUUGUGGCCUCAUACAUGGCAAUCUUUGUCGUUAUAGGCGGAGUUGUGGCGAUUUCAUAUAUAAGGAUAUGGUCAAUUCGGUUUGGCAUACCCGCUAUUUGUACGGUGGUGGCGACACUGAUAUUCUUGAGUGGUUCGGGUUCGUAUAAUUGUGUUAAACCACGCGGGAUCUCGCUGACUACCGUGUUUAGAGUGCUUGUGGCUGCAACCUCUAAGAUGUUUUGUAAGUGCCCAGAAGAGGCUGAUGGGCUCUAUGAAACCGGUGAUGAUAAUGUUGAUGACGUUGAUUUGGUGCCUCAUUCCCGUCGCCUAAGGUGUCUAGACAAGGCUGCAAUUAUAUUACCAACAAAACCUCUAGAAGAACAACAGAAGAAGAGAUAGAAACUCUGCAGAGUCACGGACGUAGAAGAAACUAAACUCACCAUACGAAUGAUCCCCUUGUGCAUGACUUUCAUUUUCUGCGGCGUUGUAUCUUCCACCGGCAACACAUACUUCA